AUGUCAUUCCUUACUGACUUACAAGCUUAUUCUCAAUCAAAACUUCGACCUACUAGCAUGCGCGUUGUAAAUUCGUUAGGUCAAAUCCAUCACGAAUCCAAAUCUGAAGAUGGAACGUUUCAAAUUCAUGACAGACCAAUCAAUUCUAACAAUCUUUUUAUGAUAAUUGAUAAUUCACCUGAUGAAAAACUGCAUCAUGUCAUUGAUGGUGUUUAUAUUGGUUCACAAGAUUCAGCGUUUAAUUUAACAGCUCUCAAUGAGUGCAAAAUUACACAUAUACUUAAUGUAGCUACUGGAAUCAGAAAUGCAUUCCCUGAUCAAUACAAAUAUUUAAAUAUUGAAUUAUUAGAUGUACCUGAAACAAAUAUUCACAAAGUGUUUACACGUACAAAUGAAUUCAUACAAACAGCCAUUGCUGAUAAUGGGCGCGUUUUAAUUCAUUGUAAUGCUGGUAUUUCGCGUAGUGCUAGUAUUGCUUUAGCUUAUUUAAUGGGAAUACAUCGCAUGAAAUAUGAAGAUGCAUAUAUAUUAUUGAAAACAGCACGUUCGAAUAUUAAACCAAAUGAUGGAUUUGUACAACAAUUGAAACAGUAUGCUGAAGAAAUAGCGCAGACAAAUGAAAAUAAGGGACUACUACCAAAUGAUAUUAAUCAGACUUCCAAUGACAAAUCAUGUGAUAUAUAG